GCAGCACCUGCUCUUAGCUGUAACCCCCUAUUAAGCUUGGCAGAGGCAUGCACCUAUGUUAAAGCAUGAUUAAAAAAGCCGCAGGUCAGUUUCAUCAUGUCCUUUUUUCUGUGCAUGCUUUUUAAAAAGUGGUAUCAAUCGAUGAUUGAAAUAGCCAGGCUCUGCUAGCUCAGACGUGGCUAAUGGCACAGCAUUUUUUGGGGCUUAGCUUAAGGGGCUGGACAUUUCUGUGCACCGAGUGGCCUGUUUCGAUGAAGGGUCAGUUUGGCACUUGGAAACCUGGACCCCCCAGCAGGAGCCUCAUUCACAGCUCAUGGUUCAGUGCGUAACUGUCCCCUGUGAAUGUUCUCUGGAGAGGCUGCUCCAUUGAAAUGACCACAUGGGAAAACAGCGGAAAAAGAUGUGAACAGAUUCAAAAACUGCUGAAUGGCAAGCUCAGACAUUUAUAAACUGCUCAAGAGACCACCCAAUGUCUGGGAUAUCUGAAGUGAAGAAAUGGAACGCUGGGUUUUAGAAGGAGACAGCUACUCUUUCCUUCGCAGUGCUCCACACACAUUUAACCUGCAGAAUCGCGAAGGGCCGAAUCGCGUUGAGAUAUUUGACAUCACUUCAAUCCCCAGCCAUCGCAAUGCCAUAUCCGAAACAACCUGUCUGUGUGACAUUUUUGGAGAUGACGGCGAGUCCCAGUCACUUUCCAGUAGCCCAGCCUCUGCUACAUAUGCCAGGAAGGAAAUUGAACAGCCUUUCCCAGCAGAUGAUGCCAAUGACUCCUCAGGAUCUUAUCACACUGCCAAUGGAUCUGACUUAAGUGACAACGCUGAAGUCACCUACAGCACACCCUCUCCAAAGAAUACACAAGAUUUUUGUACAUCAGAGAACAGUAUAACUGAUUCACCGCCACCUGAAUCAACCGUCUUGUCUGAUUUCCAAAAUGGAAUUAAUGCAUUUGACUGCACACCACCUGCACCCGAAGUGAAUGGUAAUGACCUUUCACAUAAAGAUUACUGGGAAGAACCCCAAGUGUCAGUGAACGCUGCCCCGGUGAUUGAAACAGAUGAACCUGUACCACAGGAUAUUAAUUCAACACCAGAUACUUGUCUUAUUAAUUCAUCAAAGGAAACUACUAAUCCUACAUCUUGCUCUUCAGAGCAGAACGAAGCCAUUGUUAUGGAGCAAGAAGUGAACAUAACAACACCUCAACAUACAAGUGCAAGCCCAUUUGAAGACGAGCAAGGUUGCAUAAGUAUAUCUAAGUGUACAAGCUGUGAAGACUUGGCAGAAUCUAAAAUUGAACAAGAUAUUGAGAUGUCUUCUGUGAGCAAAGAAGGUAUAGCCUCCAGUAAUCCGCAAGAAGAAAGAGUUCUUCUUCCACAAAAGAUUGUAAACAGUGGCUCUGCAUCAGACCUGUCAAACGCUUCUCCAACAGACUCCAUGUCUAUUCAGGAAAUAUCUAUUUCACCUGCAGACCAAGAUAUUUGCUACACACCAGAGCACAGAUUAAGCUCUGUCUCCCCUGACAGCAGAACAAUUUUCUCCACACCUGCAUCCAUAGGUAGAUCUUCACCUGAGCUGUUCGAUUUGUGCUCAACACAAUCAGAGUCUCCACUUCUGGAGAACUCUCAUGGUGCGUCUUCUACUUUAUCUAAAAUUCCUACCAAUGAUAAAGUAGAAAUAGAUUCCACGACUGAAUCUGACAUUUCCACUGAAAGAAGAGGACUUGUGUGUUCAUCCAUGGAUGGUAAAGAAAAACUGGAGUCCCCUGGGAUCAAUGAAACCUGCUCUUCACCUGAACAAUCAGCACAUGCUCACUCACCAGAACCAGUUGUAAUUCACUCACCUAUUGGUUACAGCAUCAGCGCAUCACCUACUAAUGAAACAACAGUUUCUUCAAGUGACCGUGAAGCCUCAUUGUCCCCCUCGGUAGUCACUAGAACUGAAUACAGUGAUAUCUGCUCUUCUCCUGAUCAUUCAGAACCCAUCAUUGACUCACCUCUGGGUUACACCAUCAGCCCGUCACCUACAAAUGAGAGAGAGGUUUAUUCAACCGAACCUGAAGCCUCAAUAUCUCCUUGCUGUCACAGUGAUAUCUACUCUACCUCUGAUAACUCUGUUUCAGCUCACUCACCAGAACCUACAGCAAUUCAUUCACCUAUGAGUUUUACCAUCAGCCCAUCUCCCACAAACCUGAGAAUGGUUUAUUUUAUGGAACCUGAUGACCAACCGUCCUCUCCUGCCUUCACAGGUACUGAUUACAUUGCAACACCAACAUGCAGUAGAGAUUCUACACCUGCAUUAAGGAGCAUGACAUCCACUCCAAACAGCAGAGAAAACUAUCUUACACCCGAGCCCACUUCUCCAGCCCCGUCUCCAGAAUUGAGCUCAGUCACCUGCUUACCUGAAAUCAAAACAAUAUCAUAUAAUAUUCUGCCACAAAAUACAAAAUCCCCUACAAUUGAAGGCAUCGAUUAUAACAUUUCGCCUAGCAAAGAUUUAGCACAAUCAUCUGGAGUAGAUGCAACUCUUUGCAGAAACUCUUCUGUAGCUUCAAAUUCCCCCUUUGAAAAUCAUACCUCAGUUUCACCUAGUUCAAGAAACUUUUUGUCAACACCAGAGAGUAGAUCUAGGCCCUCAUCAAAGGCAUCGGAACAUUCUAGAGACACAGGAUUAUCACCUGCGCCCUCCAUGCCAAUUGUGAAGAUAGAAAAUCAGCAUUCACCUAUAAUCAUUGAGGGAAUCAAGCCACCUUCUCAUAGCCCAAUAGAUAGUCAUUAUUUAAAUGACCAUGUUGAAGCAGACACCUUGAAAAGCAGCACAUCUGUCCAGGAUGAAUAUACAGGAGGUGCACCAGAAGUUCUUAGCCAACUGAAGAACUUGAAAGAUUCUUCAUGUGAACUCGCAGAUUCUGGAUUGUCCACAGUAAGUAUUGAUAAACAUCAGGAUAUUGUUACUGACAACACAAGAAAUGUAUCUGUCUGUGGAACAUCAGUUUCUCUGAGUCCAUUUGAUGCAAUGGCAUUGACAUCUGCAGAGGAGAAACAAUACCAUGGUAAUAUUGAUGAUCACAACGAGAGAAUUGAAACAUUGAAAAAUGAUUCCCCAAGUAGUAACCAAGUGACUGCAGAAAUAAGUGAAAUGCCAAUGGUUAUCAAUAGGGACAAUGAUGGUGAAUUUGACAGCAAGGAAAAGGAGGAGAGUGGAAAGAGGGAGGGAGAAGGGGAGGAGACUAUAGGAGACAGUAGUUACAGAGGGGAACAGGUUGAGCUGUCAUUCAGUGCCAGGAAUAGAAAAGGGCCUGCAGGCCACAGCCCAGCUCUCUCAAGUCGAGACCCAAAGUCGGGAAUUCCAGCUCGCUGUUAUUUUGAGUCACCCCCAACAACUCUCCAGCAACAGAGUCAGCUCAGAGCUCGGGGCUCACAUCAAGAGAACAAGGGUGGCGCCAGAAGGCUCCGGUCAGCUGCCCAGGGUAAAUACAGCAGUCCAGGCUUUUUUCCUCCUGAGUGUACUGGCGAGAACUCCAUCAUGGGAAGUGAGUUUGAUGAAGCAGACAAUGAAGUGAAGUGGUUUACAGAUCUGGCCUUCAGAAGCCUGUCUAGCCCUCAGGUGGAUUAUUUGGAUGUGUACAACUCAAGCCACAGGUCAUCAACGAAUGUUUCUCAGCCAUCAACUGUAGACAGCCCUGGUGCUGUCGCAUGGAUGAGCUAUGCAGAUUUACGUGGUUCAACGUUACAUGAAAAUGAUGGCUAUGCAUUUUUACCACGUGAUGGCCUGGACCCAAACAAACACUUUGAAAUGGGAAAUUUUGAAUGUGUGGAUGUUGCUUUAGAGAACAAGGAAGAAUCCAAUAAAGGAAAAAGGACUGUACCAAAAAGGCAGAUUCAGCUCUUAAGGCGUAACACAGAUGAAGCAAAACCGAAUGGGAAUACUGAAAAUGUUUCUACUUCACCCUCUACACACAGACACUCAAGGGACACAAUUGUUCGUCAACACAGCACACCAGCUUUUGUUCAAGAGAAGGUUUUCAGGGAGGUUCCAAAUUCACCACAAAGUGACAGGAAAAGGACAUUGCAGAAAUCUGUGUCUCUAGAUGAUGGCUCCCCUAAGACGCAAAUGGCGUCUUGCAUUAUCAAGAGUGUGUUGUCUAAGAGAAUGCAGGAUGUGCAGAAAGCUACACCAAAAAGUCCCAAGUUCGAAGACCCAAGUUCGUCUGGAGAUAAAAACAAACAUGAUGAUAUUAGCCCCAGCUUUUUUGAUGAUGUACCAAGUAAUACAGAGAAGCAUAGCUUAAGCUCUAGCCAGCUUUCCGAAUGCACUCUUUCAUCUGAAGAAUUUGCUGUCAGAGAAGAAAGAAUUCCACAACAGGUUAAGAAGUGUGCCCCAAAAGUUCCUCCAAAACCUUUGUUCAGACCUGCAUUCUUUAAUGAAGAAACAAAACCUAUAGUGUCCUCUCCACCGGCUGAUGAAAAAGUACUUAUGAAACACAACAAUAAGACUGAUGAAAAGGAGGGAGGAGGUGACAACCACGAAGAGAAAUACAAUUGUGACUCAUCAAAUGCCAGUGUCAGGAACACAAGUCCUGCUACUGCCCCUCCAGCAAUAAGCAUGCAGAACAAAAUGACAAGCAGAGACAAAAAGCAUCAGAUGACAACAGAAAACCAGGAACAACUGCCUGCAAAGAGUGUAUUUAUGUCAAAGACACCAGAAAUUACUUUGAAACCUUCCGCUAUCAAAGGAAAAAAGACUUCUUUGAAAGUGUCUUUAUCCCCUGACCUGGAACAAUCUAGAGAAAUAUCUAAAACUAAGUCAGUGGAGAAAGCUCCAGAAGAUGUGAGCACCAGAUGUACAAAAGCCAUGGAGAUGGAAGAAGUUGAUGACAUCAACAAAAAGUCUGUUAUACACAAAGUUAGGGAUGUAAGAAAGUUAGUAAAAAACACAUACAACCUGUCUUUCAAAGCGUCGAAUUCAACCUCUACUGCAGAAGAAAUUGUUGUUCAAGAGAAAAAAGAAAAGCCACCACAAACUCCUCCAGCCUUGCUCAUUGAAUGUAAAGCCAUCAGUUGGAAGGACAAACAAACACCAGGCAGCAAAGCAAUCCAAUGGCAUGAUGAAAAACAGCCUGUUGACAUAUCAAAAAUAUCACAACCACGGGUGGGUGCAGAGACCAGAAGAGAUGCUGACAUCACUGAAAUACCUUCCAAAGGCUCAUCACUAGAUACUGAGCCACAACAAAAAACUUCAGAUUCUCUCUCUGAAACCAUAGAUGCAUCAGAAUCUGUAAUUAAGAGACCUUAUGUUCACUGUGAUCCAAGUGCCAAGAUGCCCCCUAGACCCCCCAGCAAGGAGAGGGAAGUUUCUGCUAUGGUGGUUUUGCCAAAUAGCAUUCCCAAGGCAAAGACAUUUGACACUUCAAUCCCUGCCUCCACUCAAAUGAAAGGUACAAACAGCAGCCAUUCUGUAUCAAUGCUACUGAAAGAGAAAGGGAUGCAGGCUGAUAUUGGAGUUUGUGACGUUCAUACCGAGGGUGCAAGUUCUAGAGCUAAACAUAUCAACAGACUUGAGGUACCUGUACAAGCCUGUUUAUCAGAAGGAAUUUUAAAUGAAGCACAAGUAAGGGCAGACAAUACAGCAGUGCCUUGCAAUUCAUCAGUUUUUGUCAACAAUUAUUCAAGGACAGCCAGACAAAGUGAGAGUCCCAAGGGAACACUGUCUGAAGAAUCUUUGACAAAGGAACAAGAAAAAAAGAAAAUCACCACAACUGUAACAAAAAUUCCAGCUUAUCUAGCAACAUCUGGCAAGCCAGAGGUGAGAUCUUUUUCAAGUAAUACAAAAAAUAACGCUACAACAGCGAACACAUCAAAAGAGAUUGAACUACCAAUACAAGUAAGGUCAGUAUCCACUGAUAAAGUAAAGCCAUUUGUAACACCAAAACUCAGCUGUAAACAGUCAUUUGCUGAAAUUAAGUCAGUGUCAAAUGAUCCACCAAAAACAGAAAAACAAGCAUCAUCUGUCAUUAAACAGCAAACCAGAUUGUGUAGUGAAUCUAAGAAAAGUGAAACUCAAUCAACACUAAUACACAAGGAUCAAUUACAUGACGCUUUAUCAAAAGAUACAAAAAGACUUGCUGUAUCGGCUAUAUCAAGCUACAAACCACCAGCAACUUCAAGUACUGUGCAGAAAUCUACUACAGUGACAUUGGCCAGUCUGGAUCAACAGCAAUCAUCUGCUGAUAUGCAAACCACCAGCACAUGCCAACAACAGGUCUCAUCGUUCAAUCAAGAUCACUCAGUGCCAGACGGGUCCUUUGUUUCUAACCAAUUAGGAUCGCAAACCCUUGGUGACACACAAUCUGUGGCAAGAACAUCAUCUAAUAAUCAUUUUCACAAAGAUGACUAUCUUUUCUAUGCAUCAGAUGAUCCCCCCAGUUAUGAUGAGAGAGAGAGUUUCAGCCCUCUGCGAGUGUCAGAUUUGCCGCCACAAAGGCCAUGCAAGUAUCAUCCAUCCACUAAGCAAUCUACAUGCUCCUGCCCACCAGGAUCCCAAUCACAUCAAGGACAUCCUCAUCACAGUCCUCUGGAACGGGUACCAGUAGCCUCUAGGUCUCCAGGCCAAGUUCUUACCUGUCCAGGAGCUCCCCCACAAGCUCAAGUUCGUCCUCAUCAAUGCAGACCAGAUGGUCUUCAAGUCUCCAAUACUUCAGUUCCCCAUGCCUCAGCUUUGAUUCAGCCUCUGCACAACCCAAGAGCUUGUCCCGCUUCAAAUUCACAGUCCUAUGUUAAUGACCAGCCACCAACUUCUGGACUGCAUGCGGAGAGGCGACCAGCUAAUCAUCCUUCACCUAAAGCUGCAGCUCCUGCUUCUUAUCACGAAUACUCUCAUUCAAGUAACAUGUCCGCUCUGGAUCCCAGGUCUCAGUUAUUUAAUCCACAAGAUUUGCCACCAUCUUUUGGUCACGAUUAUGCAAAUGAAGGUCCAGGUGGAGCAGGUGUGUUGUAUCCAGAAAAUGCUAGUGGGCUCAGCUGUGGCCAAGGUCCUCGUCGUGUCCUUCUGGAUCCCGAGACUGGUAAAUACUUCUACAUUGAGGUUCCAAUGCAGCCACUCAGAAAAAUGCUAUUUGAUCCUGAAUUGGGACAGUAUGUGGAAGUUCUCAUACCGCAGCAGACAAUGCCACACACAGGGAUGUACCCACCAGCUGUACCACCUUACUCUUCUUUGCACAGUCCUGGGUUGUAUGCACCACAGUACCUACCUUAUGCAAUGCCAUCUUUCCCAGCAAUCCCAGGCAAUGCCCAGCAAGGUCGCCAUCCUGAACCACCAUCUGUCCCAACAACACUUCACCAGACUUCCUUAAGGUAUGGAAGCCCUGGGGGCCAAAUGCCAAAAAAUGAAGCCAAAGGCCACUCGUUGCUGGAUCAGGGCUAUCUAGAAAGCAUGUAUUACAUGCCAACUGGGAUGAAUGCAAGCCCAAACUCAACCGCUUCAGACUGUUACCACAAACCAUCUUCAAGUAUGCCUCCUUCAGGGGGAAGAAGAGCAUGAAACAGCAGCAGAUACAUUUGUAAUCAUUUUUUCUGUUUGCUCUUUUUCCUGAAAUAUGAUAUAACAUUGUCGUCAUUUAGUAAUAUAAUUUCACUUUCAUUUAUAUCACCUCACCUUCCUUGUAUAGGCCAAGUUUAUUCAGUGAUGGGCCUUCUUUUCCAAAAGCUGCCAUUGUUCAAUCAAUAGUGUUUCCCUUGAACACUGUUAAGUUAUAUAAGCGGAUUAUGCAGCUAUAAUAUUAAUGUGUUUGAUCUUUUUACUUCUAUUGAAAUGACACUAUUUAUCAAUGUUUAACAUAACAUGUAACUGCUUUGUGCAACACAUUUAAUGUACAUAUACUGUACAUGUGAGUAGAUGAAAAGAAUGUGGAUUAGCAAGAUCCACUAAUUCACUUGUAUGAAAAUCACAGACAUUUUCUGUCAUCAAAAGAUUGCCAUUUACUAUUUUUUACACAUGGAUACACCCCAUUAAAGUUCACUACAAAACUUA